GCUUGUGGGAAAUAAAAAGCAGAACCUUUUUACUCUGCAGCCACAAGGAGCGCAGACAGUUCGGUUCAGAGCAUCAAUCAGCCCAGCCCAGAGACAGCCAUGCUCCGGAGCAGACGCAGCGGGAUGGAGCUGGAGCUUCUGCUGUGGAUGAUGAUGAUGAUGCUGCUGCUGCUGCUGAACUUCGUGGGACGCGCAGCGGCUCAGUCCAACCAGUACAGCAGAGCGGUGGACUGGCUGAGCAGAUAUGGCUACCUUCCUCCUCCAGAUCCACUCACCAGCAAACUGCAGACCAAAGAAGGGAUUGAGCAAGCAAUCCGUGUCAUGCAGAGAUUUGGAGGGAUCCAGGAAACCGGAUUAAUUGACAGCGAAACGCUGAAGCUCAUGUCCACGCCGCGAUGCUCGCUCCCAGACAUCGUCGGAGGCGAGGAGAUGAGGAGGAGGAGGAGGAGGAAGAGAUACGCUCUGUCAGGCCUUAAAUGGCACAAGACAGAUCUCACAUGGAGCGUCCACAGCUACCCGUCAAGAUCCUCUGUUAGCCCUGAUCAGGUGAAAGGUCUCCUGGCUCACGCCUUGAAAGCUUGGAGUGACGCCGCUCCGCUGAACUUCAGACAGCUGCCGGGCGACGGCGAAGCCGGAGGGGACAUCAGAGUUUCUUUUGCCUCGCUGCUCCAUAACGACGGGUAUCCGUUCGACGGGCCGGGCGGCACCCUGGCCCACGCCUUCUUUCCUGGCAUUGACGAAGUCUCCGGUGACACACACUUUGAUGACCAUGAGACCUGGAGCUACGGAGGUGGCGGCAGCACCACAGACCUGUUCACCGUGGCGGUGCACGAGUUCGGCCACGCUCUCGGCCUCUCUCAUUCCUCCUCGGAUCCGUCCAUCAUGAGGCCGUAUUACCAGGGUCCGGUGGGAGACGUGUCCCAGUACAAGCUGGAUCUGGACGACAAGCUGGCCAUCCAGCAGCUGUACGGCGCGAGAGACGACACACAACCAGGUGGAGUCAAUCCUGACCCACCGCUCUUUCCGAGUCCUCUACCCCCGAGGCCAACAACGCUUCCUGAGCCUUCAUUCGAUGAACGAUGCCAGGGAGGCUUUGAUGCAGUAGCAAACAUCAGAGGAGAGGUUUUCUUUUUUAGAGGUGCACAUUUCUGGAGAACCAAGCGAGACGGCUCUUUGUUGUCCUUAAGGCCGGCUGUGAUCACAAACUUUUGGAUGGGCCUUCCGACAGGAACAAACAAAGUCGACGCCGUUUAUGAGAGAAAGAGCGACAGCAAAAUCAUCUUCUUCAUCGGCUCGCAGUACUGGGUCUUCAGCGACACAAAGGUGAUGAGCGGUUACCCUCGGCCCCUGUCCGACUGGAGAAUGACGACGCCGAGUGGCGCCGCGCCAGACCGGGUGGAUGCAGCCUUCGUCUGGGCCCACAACGGGAAGACGUACCUGUUCAGCGGGGGGCAGUAUUGGAGGUUUGAUGAAAGCCAAAAAACAGGCUAUCCGGAGCCAGAUCCCGGCUACCCACGGGCCAAUGACCUCUGGACGGGAAUGCCAACCCACAUGGAUGAUGUCAUCACCUGGGGUGAAGGAAACGCCUACUUCUUUAAGGACGAUUUCUACUGGGUGCUGAAGGACGGGGGAAUAAACCAGGAGUAUGUUUCUCCCAAGGCCACAGGGAUGGACUGGCUGCGGUGUCCGGGUCCUCCUCCAACGGCUGCGCCGCAGAAUCCUAGGAAGGAUUGCAGCUGUGCCUUCAACAGAUCGUCUCUGUCACUGAGGAACGACUGUCUGCUGCUGGUUGCCGUUAUGCUGAUAAUUAAUGGGUUGAUUUCUGUAAAUAAUUAACUAAUGUGGGCUGUUUUCUCUACACUGCAGCGUAAACGGGACUCCUUUCUACCAUCAAACAGCUUUAUUUCUUGAUUCAAAGGGUUUACUUGCAGGACUUGGCAACCGUAGGAUAGCAGCACUCUCCCAUCCCGGUUGAGUUUCACAUAUUUGUGUUUAUAGAAUAAAAAUGCACAAAAAUAUCAGCCUCUUUGGGAGUUUGAUAUUUAACACCAUUAUUCAGCAAAUGGAGCUCUUCUUUCACAUUUUAUUAUCUGAUCCAGACCGAAAUUUAGAAGAUUAAAACCGAGGCGCCUUCUUCUGAUUUCCAAAUCAAGUUCUUCCAAUAUAUUGUAGAUGUGUUUUAAAAUAUAUUCAACCAAUUAUGCAUUGGUUUAUCCUGUUUUUAAAUUAUUACAAUUUGAAAUAUAGUAGUUAGAUUUUCUACGUGUGAUUAUAUUUUAACUUGUACAUUAUCUCUGUUUGUGGUCUAAGGUUUGCUGCUUAAUAAUCGUCUGAAUUUACUUGUUUUUGUGUUAAUAACAUUUGGAUAAAGGGCUGUUAUGUAGCUAAAUGAAAUCCUCAGAAAUUCACACAGAUAAACUGAAAAUGUUUGUUUUAAUGGAGUUUUCAGUGUAAAAUGAACAAUCAGACAUAUAAUUGCAAAUAUUCAAAAAUGUAAUCAGAACCUCUCACUAUCUGUCUGACUUUUUUAGGGGAUUUUUGUACAGAAAGAGCAGACAAUGAACUGUUGUGCGUAUUGUU